CAACCGGCCCAACACCAAGUCCCAAUCAAGCGUAUCAAUUAAACCACAGGCAGCCCCGAAAUUGCCCGUAUUUUCUGCGACCGACAAGUGUCUUUCCUAAGAAUGAUCAUUCCUUCAAUUCUAUCCAUUACCAAAUCAAAAUAUUGUUCCGCAGAGAGCUGGCGAUGUUUUUAGCUGAAAAUAUUUGCAGGGGACCAGCUUUUUCCCUGACAGAGUUCUGAAUUGAUAUUUGGGAGUGGAUAUGAAAUGGGUUUGCAUUGUUUCAUCUAUCCAAUGAAGGAAAAGUAUAAUUGAAGGUUGAUGGUUUAGUGGGUUUUUCGUGAAUUGGGGAAGAGUUGCUGAAUUGUUGAGAACCUCUCGAAUUCAAUCGAAUUCAACAUAUUUGAAUUUCAUUCGGGAAUUAGGGUAGAGAAGAAAAGGGGUUUAAGGGAUUUUGAUGAAUUUUCAUAUAGAGAAGGAAAUUGAAGGUGUCGGUUGGACGAGAAAGUUGGAAUCUUGCAUUUUGGUUUACUUUCGAAUUUCCAAAUAAUCGGGGAUUUGAAGGAAGAGGACGACUUCAGAAUUAUGGCGGUGCCAUGGAGUAUCACAUUUUGGUUAGCGAAUCUAAUAUGGACAGCAUUGAGUGGUUGGGUGAUGUCUUGCUUGUCAGUUGCUGAUGAGAUUGCUAGCUCUCUCAGAAAUGGAGAUAUUGGUCCUUUCCAUGUUGGUUGAUCAAAGAAUUGUAUAUCCAAAUCAAGUCCCUUUUCUGGUUUGUUUCCCCAGAUGUUCAUAUUACAUCUUUGUAAUCAAAUCAACAUAGUCCAGUAUGUCUUUUUUGGAUUUGGGUGGGUCUAAGAUAGUGAAACUGGUUCUUCAUUGCGGUUUCGAUUGAUGGAAGAGUCAGGGUGGGUUAUUUUUGGUAUAUACUGUGAAAUUGACUAUGAUCAGAGAGUACUGUACCUUAUUUCAUGCUAAUCCAAAUUGUGCUGAUUCUAAAUAUACAUGGCUUGUUCAAGGGUUUAACUUGUACGGAGAAUAUCUUUGAUAUUCUGUUUGGUUUGGUGGUCUAAAAUAGAGAAACUGGUUGCUGAUUUGGUUUAAUUGAUAGAUGAAUGGUGUCAGGGUUGGUAUUUGUAUAAAAUCUGAAAAACGCUUAUGAUCCAAGAGUUUUGUACCAUGUUUGAUGCUAAUUAAAGCUUUGCUGUUUCUGAGGA